GAAGACGUUUUCAAACAAACAUGGCGGAAAGAGAAGCGGACGCUGGCCAUGACAUGACCGGCGGCCACACUGACAGCUGCGAUCAUUCGGAAAAUACUGGCUCGGCGAAAUCACCGGAGGAUGAAAGCUCGGAGAGACCUGCUGCUCAGAAGACCAAGGACCUUAAAAGCGUCCUGGUCACCAGCGUUUUAAACUUGGAGAAGCUGGACGUGGACUUGUACAGAGGGACGCAUCACUGGGUACCCCACACCCAGCGUUUGUUUGGGGGUCAAAUAGUCGGUCAGGCCCUUGUGGCAGCAGCCAAAUCUGUCGGCGAAAACCUCUAUGCCCAUUCUCUUCAUUGCUACUUUGUACGAGCAGGAGAUCCCAAGGUUCCAAUCCUGUACCAGGUGGACCGCACAAGAGAUGGCAACAGUUUCACUGUGCGAUCGGUGAGAGCCAUCCAACAUGGGCAGCCGAUACUGAUCUGCCAGGCAUCUUUCCAAAAGCUGCAGCCGAGCCCCCUGCAUCAUCAGUGCACCAUGCCGGUGGUGCCCCCGCCUGAAGACCUCCUCACUGUGGAGGAGCUUAUUCAACUUUAUCUCAAUAAACCAGACCUGUCAGAAAAAUCAAGGCAAGGCCUUAACAAACUGCUGGCGAAUGAGGUCCCCAUCGAGAUAAAGCCAGUCCAGCCAAAGCCCUUAUACAGUCCUACUGCCAGUGAGCCGCGGAAGCUGUUCUGGGUGCGAGCACAGGGGUAUAUUGGUGAAGGCAACAUGAAGCUGCAUUGCUGUGUUGCUGCAUACGUGUCGGACUUUGCAUUCCUGGGCACAGCACUGUUGCCUUAUCCCGACUACAGGGCCCACUUCCUCGCAUCUCUGGACCACUCCAUGUGGUUCCACUCCACUUUCCGCAGUGACGAGUGGAUGUUGUACGAGUGUGACAGUCCAUGGGCAGGGGGCAGUAGGGGACUGGUUCACGGCCGACUGUGGAGAAGAGAUGGGGUGCUGGCUGUCUCUUGUUCCCAGGAGGGUGUCUUGAGAGUGAAAGCCCUCACAGAAACAAGCAAACUAUAAGCACAUUCUGAAGAUUUCUCAAAGUUUUCUUUAUUUCCAAUCAUAUUGAUUUAUUUUUCAUUUUAAAUAUCUAAUUAUUAAUAUAUGUAUGUGAUAUAGUGUUUAUGAUUGCUCUAUUCAAAUUUAAUUUAAUUUACAGUCAAUAAAGAUUUGACUCCUUCA